UCAGAGUACGCUCUUCUCUCCAGAGUUAAAGCCGUGGCAGGUUCACCCUGUAACCCUCUCAUUCUUUUUGUCUAUGUUUUUUUGUUUUGUUUACAAUCAAUCUUAUUAGAGAAAUGACCAGUCACUGUUCAAUGUUCAGAUAUCCCCAUGAUAACUUUCUCUUGAAACUUCGAUUUGACAAAGAUACUUCCUAUAUUCUUGAAGUUGAGAGUUGAGUGACGGGGUGUGAACGCCUUCCCAGAAACUCGUAGCACCUCCUCCAUCUCUUUCCCCGUGCACGGUGGACUGCAAAGCAUGUCAUAUUGUCCAGGAUUAAUGAUUACAGUAAAGUUCUCAACUCAAGUCUCUAGAUGCUUCUGUGUGUAACUCACACUUCAUCCUGAGUCCAAGUUCACGGCUGGCGUCCAGACAGAAGCAGGAAGGACACAUCCUCUUCCACGACAGCCAUGUCUGCCAUAGACCCGUAUCAGUACAUCAUCGUCGAACAGCAGUUUUCGCACAAGUUGAAAGUGACCGUGGUGAGAGCAGAAAACGUCACCAAGGGAGCGCUCGGUGACCUGCUGGACACGCCUGACCCCUAUGUGGAGCUGUUCAUCCCCACGACCCCCGAGAGCAGGAAGAAGACACGGCACAUCGACAACAACAUCCACCCAAAAUGGAACGAGACGUUCCACUUCAUCCUGGACCCCAACCAGGAUAACACUCUGGAGAUAACACUAAUGGACGCAAACUACGUGAUGGACGAGACCCUUGGGACGGCGUCGUUUGAAAUCUCCAAGCUCACCGUGGGACAGACUGAGACCGUGCCUGUACUCAUUGGCAAAGCAACCAAAGUAUACCUGGAGAUGUCCCUGGAGGUCUGCACCAACCUGGACCUGCGGUUUAGCCUGGCCCUGUGCGACAAGGAGAAGCUGUACAGGCAGACCCGGAGAGAGAGGGCCAUGCUGGGUAUCAAGAAACUGCUGAGCAUGGAGAAGCCCCGCUUUCUUCCCAGCUCCCCUCAGGAGGUUCCAGUCAUUGCCAUCGUGGGCUCUGGGGGAGGUUUCAGAGCCAUGGUGGGUUUCUCAGGGGUGAUGAAGGCCUUGUACGAGUCGGGGGUUCUGGACUGUGCUACAUAUGUGGCUGGUCUCUCAGGAUCCACCUGGUACAUGUCCACUCUGUACUCCCACCCCGACUUCCCCACCAAAGGCCCGAAGGAGAUCAACCAGGAACUGAUGAAGCGAGUGAGUGGGAACCCCCUGCGUCUGCUGAUGCCCCAGCACAUCACCACCUACAUCCAGGCUCUGUGGACCAAGAAGGCUGCCGGCCAGCCCGUCACCUUCACCGACAUCUUCGGGAUGCUCAUCGGCGACACGCUCAUCCCGGGGAGGAUGGACACCAAGCUGAGCGAGAUGCAGGAGAAGGUGGACGAGGCCCAGUGCCCCUUCCCUCUCUUCACCUGUCUGCACGUCAAACCAGACGUGUCUGAGCUCAUGUUCGCAGACUGGGUGGAGUUCAGCCCGUACGAGAUCGGCAUGGCCAAGUAUGGCACCUUCAUGACACCGGACCUCUUCGGAAGCAAGUUCUUCAUGGGAACCGCUGUGAAGAAAUAUAAAGAGAACCCGUUGCACUUUCUCAUGGGUGUGUGGGGCAGUGCUUUCUCCAUCCUCUUCAACAGAGUCUUGGGGGUCAAGGACACGACAGGGGGAAGCACCAUGGAAGAGGAGCUUGAACAGAUAAAGCCACAACACAUCGUGGGACAGGACAGCAUGGACAACGAUGAGGAACCCUGCAAAGCUGGCACGGAGAACCAGGAAGCGGAAGAGGAGUACCAUCGUCAUGCCCAGGCUAGCUGGGUCCAGCGCACGAUCACCUCGCUGUUCAGCGACUCGACACUUUUCAACACGCGGGAGGGGCGAGCGGGUAAGGUGCACAACUUCAUGCUGGGUCUCAACCUGAACACCAGCAUGCCCUACUCCCCCUUCGGCGAGCAUAUGUGCCAAUCACAAAACUGCGAGGAUGAAGUGGACGCAGUCACAGACCCCGAUGAGUUCGACCGCAUCUACGAGCCUCUGGACGUCAAGAGCAAGAAGAUCCACAUAGUGGACAGCGGGCUGACAUACAACCUCCCCUACCCGCUCAUCCUCAGGCCCCAGCGAGGCGUGGACCUCAUCAUCUCCUUUGACUUCUCCGCACGCCCCAGCGACUCCAGCCCACCCUUCAAGGAGCUUCUGCUGGCCGAGAAAUGGGCUAGGAUGAACAAGCUGUCGUUUCCCAAGAUCGACCCCAAGGUUUUUGACCGUGAAGGUCUGAAAGAAUGCUACGUUUUCAAGCCAAACAAGGGGGACAAGAACUGCCCCACUGUCAUCCACUUUGUCCUGGUCAACAUCAACUUCAGGACUUUCAAAGCCCCUGGGGUCCCUCGGGAGACUGAUAAAGACAAGGACUUUGCUGACUUUGACAUUUUCGAUGACCCAGAGACGCCCUACUCCACCUUUAACUUUCAGUACUCCAACCAGGCCUACACCCAACUCCACGAUCUCAUGGAGUUCAACACACUCAACAACAUUGAGGUGAUUAAAGAUGCCAUUAAGGACAGCAUCGUGUACAGGAAGGAAAACCCCUCUCGUUGCAACGUCUCUCUGUCACUCAACGAGAUCCACAACAAGAAGUUCCUCAAGCGAGAGCCUGGCCCAAGACCCAAUAAUUGAGAGUCCGACUGGCUGAACCAAUCAGCGUCCAAGGCCCAGAUGGACUCUUGAGAUUGGCCUACAUUUCGUACAGAAAAAAAAAGACAAUUUCCUUUUCGGAAAAGUAUAUUGUGCCUAUUUCUUUUAACUGAUGUGAAUCAAGUAGGUUUGGUGUAAACCUAGGAAACCUGUUGGAUCUGAAAGACGAAAGGGACUAGGAGUUAAAGGAUCCUGAAGUUUGUAGUAAUGUGGGUAAUAAGAGGUUUGGGUAGCAUAUACUGUACUGUGUCAUCAAUAGACUUUCCUUAGUUUAUGUUAUGUGCAACUCUUGUAUAUGGACCAUGCAGCUUUAUGUAGUAAAGUUGUUGGUCUAAACAUAUGCUCUAAACUGGAAGCCUUCGCCAGGAGAAUACUCCUUCCACAAGUACACUCUGGAAUACCUCAAACAUCUCAAUGAUGUUUACUCACCUAGGGAGUAUCUCACAACUGAAACCCUCUGAUUUCAGAAAAUAAUUAACAAAAUCGAGUCUCGGGUUGCCGUAGAAACUGUUUGCCUGUGUCUCUCCCUCGAUCGUAUUCAUGCGUGUUUACAUUCCGGAGUGUGUGUCGUUUCGGGUUUCCCCUUAGACACUCAACCAAGGUUUUUUUUAUUUUUUAAGCGAUUCAUUUCCUUUCUUUCUGACCCUUCUGCGACUCUUCAGAGAGCAAGAGAAAGGCUGAAGAGAUGUUACCCAAGACCCCAUUCAGUCCCUCCUCCACUCCCAGAUAGGGUGUCUCAGCUGAGGUGAGGUGAGAGGGGUGGAGAAAGUGUGGCGCGAUGCCAAAAAGAAAGAAAAGUUAGUAAGUUCCCUUACCUUCUACAGGGUUCUCGACAGUUCUGGGUGGAGUUUGACACACUACACCUCCACCUGCAGCGUUUGAGGGCAGGAAUAUGAGGCGUUGCACCUUCACCUCCAGGUGCCACGUGCUGCUGUUGGAAUCUGUUCCCUAAUCCCAGGGACCCCAGGCUUGUUAUUUAGCUCUUCCUGUUGAGAUGAUAUAUAUAGAAUGAUCAGCUUUUCUUGGUCUCAAUUAACGAUGGUUUUAGCUUUUAUUCUUUGUUGUAGUUUUUGUUUUUGUAGGGUUUUGUUUUCACUUUGAGGAUUAUGUGACGUGACAUCAUUUUUCCUCUUUUUUGAUUUAUACAAUGUUUAUAUUUACUAUAAAUACAAUAACAUACCAACUAUUUAGGUAUUGUGAAUAGAGAGAAUGAGUACACCUGAUGUUUUGGUUUGAAAUUUCUUUUUCGUAACAUUUUUUAAUAGUCUCUUGUCGUGUAACCUCUUUAUAAUGGGCCUUUUAGGUUGUGUACAUAAACUUCUGUUUUACUCUGUUCAUUCAUAUCAUACACAGUCAAUGUGCAAAGUUCCCACUCAUGAAUAAAGAGAAGGAAAUUACUGCU